UCAGUUAAUUAUUAUCGCAAGCGAGCACUUUGUCGCUUCGCAGUUGCUGAGGAUUAUUUUGGUGCUUUUGAUCCUGCAACGGAAUAGCAAAAAUGUACCGGAAUACCAUUCGAACUGGACCUCAGCUUAGGGCUCUGCUCUUCGGGGCAACAAAAGUCGUAUCCAAUGCGUCACCGAUCAGUACCCUCUCGAAAAUAACAUCCUCAAGGGUCCUGGCCAAGACCCAUUCGCCAUCUGUACGCCAUGUUCGUACGAUGUUCAUCCAAACCCAGGACACUCCCAACCCGGAUAGUUUGAAGUUUCUGCCCGGAGUUGCCGUACUCGAGAAAGGUCAAACGAUGGACUUCCCCACGCAGGCGGCGGCCCUCUGCAGCCCGCUCGCUAAGCUUCUGUUCCGCAUCGAAGGCGUGCGAUCGGUAUUUUUUGGAGGAGACUUUGUAACAAUUUCCAAGCUGGAGGAUGCCGAGUGGCGCUUGAUCAAGCCGGAAGUGUUUGCCGUAAUUAUGGACUUUUUCGCUUCGGGCCUGCCGGUGGUGACCGAUGCCAAGCCCAUGGGGGAUACCCAGAUCAAUGAGGAUGACGACGAAACGGUGCAGAUGAUCAAGGAGCUGUUAGACUCCAAAAUAAGGCCGACCGUGCAGGAGGACGGUGGAGAUAUCAUUUUUAUGGCCUUCGAAGACGGCGUGGUAAAGCUGAAGAUGCAGGGUAGUUGCUCAUCCUGUCCCAGCUCGAUUGUGACGCUGAAGAAUGGCGUCCAGAAUAUGCUGCAGUUCUACAUACCGGAAGUCGUUGCGGUUGAGCAGGUCUUUGACAAGGUGGACGAAGUGACGGAGACGGAGUUUGAGAAGUUCGAGAAGCAGAUCAAACAGAAAGAAGAUAAGUAAAGAUUUUUAGGAAUGAGAUUUGUAUAUUAAUUGACUACUAGAACUAAGUAGAUUUUGUUGUGUAUAGUAUUUAGUUAUUCGAAUAAAUAUGAUCCAUUAUUAGCUGCGAAAGUAAA